AUGGUGGAGAGCAAAUCCUCCUGGAGCCAAGUUGUGAAAAACACCAGGCCAACAAACCUAUCCAUUUCCGCAAGAAAUCUCCAACCACAAGAUCUUGGAGCUGUGAUAUUUGGUUGCACAAACAAUACCAUUGCAGAGGUGUUACAGUGUCACUCACGGCAACUUUUCGGCUUGCCAAGAGCACAUAUAUCCUAUGUACGAAACAUUAAGGAAGGACUACCUCUCUUUCUCUUCAAUUAUGAUGAUCGGAAUGAUAGCCAGGGAAAUACAAGCUAUCCUGCCCAGGUUGCAAUGCGGGUAAGGGUCUGGUGUUUUCCGCUAGCAGAGAAUCAGUUCAGAAAUGCUAUUGUAGCCAACUACUAUCAGAACAGCCCCAGUAUCCCUGGCCAGAUGCUUCAUUUUUAGUUUGAAUUGGAUCAUGCUCAAACGGAUGUUUUGAUGGAUAUGUUUACUCCAUCUCCUCCUCCCAACAACUUCUGGAUGCCCCCUGUUGCAGCACCGUCUGAUGAUCAUGUGAGAGAAUUAGUACCGUCACCUGUAUGGGCAAGAGAGCGUGAGGGGCACAAUGGACUCAAAUCAGAAACCGCUGUAAAGCCAUAUGCAGACAUGGUAAAGAAGAACAAAUUUGUGGAAGAUGAAUCUUCUAAUGGUUUCGAUGAUCUGGAUUGUGGAUACACUCCACCGGAGAGGGAAGAGUAUGCAGCAUCAGAUAAAGCAGCUGAAACAAAACAGCAACACUCAGUGCUUAGCUUCAAUCGGGUGUUAGAAGGGCAUGCAGCUUUGCCUGCACAGCUGGAUCCUGAUUUGUAUGCCAAUGCUAUUAAGACUGACGACAAUGAUGCACAUAGCUGUAAGUAUUCCCAAAAGGUCAAAUGCACAAUUCUGGAUGGACACUCUAACUUGCCAGAAACCUUAGAUGCUGAAGUUAAUCAGCUCUCCUGGCAUUCUAAUUUUCUGGUUCAACUAUUAGACUCUGAAUCCUGUAUAGAAUCCAAGUUGAUAGAUGUCGUUAAAGAGUUAUCUGGGCGCAUAGAGCUGAUGGAGAAGAAGCAGGCUUGGUCCAACAAAGAAGUCAAAUACUUACAAGGGGUGAAUGAGAGGUUACUGAAAAGAAUUGUGGAACUAAAGGGCACAGUGAAGACAUUGAAUUCAAAGAUAGACCCUUUAACCCUAGAUGAUUCACUUAACCAGUUUGUUGAACAAUGUUCGGGCUCAGAAGAUGUCAUUUAUCUAGUUGGUGGUUUUGAUGGCUUCUCAUUUCUGCCAUCACUAGACUCCUUUUCCCCUUCAUUGGAUAUACUAACACCUUUCAAACCAAUGGCUGUUGGGAAGUCAUAUGCUUCAACUUUUGCAUUAGAUGGCAAGUUAUUUGUUCUCGGUGGUGGUGAUGGUGCUUGCUGGUUUGAUACAGUUGACUAUUAUGACCGAAGCCGUGAUGAUUGGACCACAUGCCCAUCAUUGACUCAUGACAGGGGGAGCCUUGCUGGGGUUAGUGUUAAUGGGAGAAUCUAUGCUUUUGGUGGUGGAGAUGGAAGUCAAUGUUUCUCUGACAUUGAGAUAUUUGAUCCUACUCAUGGGAAGUGGAUAAAGAAUCAACCUAUGCUGCAAAAGCGCUUAGCUCUAGCUGGUGUAGCACUUAAUGGUGUGAUUUAUGCAGUUGGUGGCUUCAACGGUGCUCAAUAUCUGAGCUCUGCUGAGAGGCUUGAUCCUCGAGAGCCUAACUGGAAAAUGCUCCCAAAAAUGAGUGCAGGAAGGGGCUGCCAUACGCUAGCAUUUCUUAAUGAGAAGAUAUUCUCGAUUGGUGGUUAUACAAUGGUAGCUACCGUUGAGGUGUACGAGCCAAGGAUGCCUUCAUGGGUGAUGGUUGAACCCAUGAACUUCAUGAAGAACAAGUGGGAUGAUGAUUGGGCUCUGUAUUGGUUUUAUGCCAAGAUUGGUUUUGCUGGUUCAGAUGAUCCACAAGAGAAGAUAUUUCCUUUUGCAUCGAAGGUACUACCUUUUCAGCAUGUCAAUCAACCAGAUUUUGACAAAACUUUGGAAUUCAAGGAGUGUACUGCAGCAUUCAGGGUGGCGGCGGCUGCUAUUAGUGGCCGCAAUCUUGUGGAGGAGUAUCAGGAAGCUAAGGUCUGGCCAUUGACCUACGGUUGGGCAGCCAAGUCCUUCUCAAAGGUUAAGCUUGGUAAUUUGACGCACCCUAUUUUCUAUCCCCAGUUUGGUCUUGAGAGGCCCGCUAAUUCUAGUAAUGAGGUGGUGGUGGUUGCUGCUCAUGCAUAG